AUGCUCCAAAGGAUAGGUGUCGGAAUGGUGCUUUUAAGCUUCAAUAUGGUGCUCGCAGCAUUGGUAGAAGACAAACGGUUGGAGAUCGCUAAGGAACAAGGGCUCUUGGACAAGCCGGACGUGACGGUGCCAAUGUCGAUAUGGUGGUUUGUUCCUCAGUAUUUGCUUCUAGGGAUGAUCAAUGUUUUUUCUCAGGUGGGAACACAAGAAUUCUUCUACGACCAAGUCCCAACGGAGCUGAGAAGUAUCGGUCUCGCGCUUUCUUUGAGUGCCAUGGGCCUUGCGAGCUUCUUGAGCGGUUUUCUCAUCACUAUGAUUGAUUGGGUUACCGGAAAAGAUGGAGGCGAUAGCUGGUUCAACACUAACCUGAACCGAGCUCAUCUUGAUUACUUUUACUGGUUGCUCGCUGCUUUCACCGCUUUUGCUUUCUUUGCGUUCGUUUUCAUCUCCAAAAUGUAUGUGUAUCGUCGGGUAGACCAAGUCUAA